CCCGGGGAGGACGGGCGGAGGGCGGGAGGGAGGCUGCCGCGCCGGGCGGGAAGUGAGCUCAGCGCACAGGAAAUCCCGCCCGCCUGGCCUGUGUUGUGCUGCCGAGGGGCAGAGAAAGGAGCCUAGCGACCGAGCGGGGCUGGCGCCGGAGACCACGGGCAAAGCCAUGUCUGACCAGGAAGCAAAACCUUCAGCUGAGGACUUGGGAGAUAAGAAAGAGGGAGAAUACAUUAAACUCAAAGUCAUUGGGCAGGACAGCAGUGAAAUUCACUUCAAGGUGAAAAUGACGACACAUCUCAAGAAACUCAAAGAAUCAUACUGUCAAAGACAGGGAGUUCCAAUGAAUUCGCUCAGGUUCCUCUUCGAGGGUCAGAGAAUUACUGAUAAUCAUACCCCCAAAGAGCUGGGGAUGGAGGAGGAAGAUGUGAUUGAAGUUUAUCAGGAACAGACAGGGGGUCACUCUACAGUUUAGAUCCUUCUGUUUGUUUUUUCUUUCCCCUUAAUCCUUUUUUAUUUUUAAAUAAUAGUUCUUUUGUAAUGUGGCGUUCAACACUGAACUGAAACUGGCACCCCAUCUCUGGGAACUUAUUUUCAAACAUCUGGUAUCUUGAAUUCUCGUGCUCAUUAUACACUAUAAUUUCUGUUUUCAUUGUGCUGAACUCUUGUGAUCCAGCUGCAGCCCUGCUCCUUUUCCCCCUCCCCUUUAAAAUUACAUGUACACACAUGCAUUUGUAUGUUCGCUAGGAUCGUGCCUUUCAGGCACGAAGGUUGUAAGAUCUGCCAGGUGGGCAAGUGUUCCUAAUGACUUCCAAAUCAGCCCUGAAGUUUUGAUGUGUGACUGUUUCACUCCUGGACUAUAACUUUCAGUGGGAGAUGAAGUUUUUCAGAGAACUAAACAAUGGAGAAAUUGUGUGUCCAUAAUUGAGAGCUGUUUUCCUUAAAUUGUGCUGGGGGCCUGGGAAAGAAGACUGUCCAGCUGGAAAUGAAAAAGAUCUGUACUUUCUUCCAGAGAUGACUUCACAGAAGACAUAAAAUUGAAAACCCUGUCUAUUCUUAAAUUUUGGCAGAAGAGCCCAAAAAAGUUCUUUCAUAUAGCAAUUAAUACACAAAUAUUCAUGCAAGAAUGUACACAGCAGACACUUGUAGUAUUCUGACAUUCUUGUUUGUACCUUCUAGCCUGGGACAUGGGUUUUGAAUGGACGUUGUCUGUACCAGCUUCAUUAAAAUAAACAAGAAAAACAAUUUUAUAAACAUUAACAAUUUGUAUUUUCUUUUCACAUAUUUGGAGAUGAAAGAGCAAGAGAUGUGCUUAUUUAGUAAAUAUUGAUCAGAGCCAGCAAAUAUUACUCUCUCUUAAAAUAUACACUGUAAACUAGAAUUCUGUUGUUCCCUUCUUACUCCAAGUAUUGAAUACUCAUUGAUUUUUUUGUUUGGGUAAUAGUAAUGUGCAUUCCUUUCUCUUGAAGCUAUUAACUGUUUCCGGUACCUGUUGGAUGAUGAAAAUAUGUACUUGGAGCUUCAGUUUUGGAUUCUAAAACUAAAGGUUAGAUUGAAACCUGUAACUUGGAAGGGAGAGUUGGAAGGAAAUAGGUUU